AAAUAUAUCCAAGCAUCAAGGCAACAAUAAUAUUAAAAGUGAUAAAUUUGGAUAUCUUUAUAAGCAAAUAAAUAAGGAGAGUAAUGCUAAUAACAGUGAUAAUAUUGAUGAGAAAGGUUAA